AUGGAGGACCGCGUGCAGUGCUACCCACCACCCAGCACAGCUGAGGUGUCCUCUGGCCUUCAAGAAGGGGCUCUUGGCAUCACCCUGCUGAGCUUGUUGGAAGUAAGAGAAGACCCUGCUGGCAAGAGAUCCCUGAGCCUCCUGGGAGGUGGAAACCACUGCGAGGGCAUGGUGGAAGUCCAUUCUAGCGGGGAGCAUGGCCCUGUGUGCGGUGAUCGAUGGGGUCUGGUGGAGGCGUCUGUGGCCUGCAGACAGCUGGGUUGCGGCAAGGUGUCCUCGGCCUCCACCUAUGUGCUGAGACCCUUGGAGAGGGGCCCGCCCUGGAUGCUGGGCAUCCACUGCUGGGGAAACGAGUCCUUGAUCCUUGAGUGUGACCUGGGGGCUUGGGGGCCGCUGCAGGAUUGCAGGUGCCAGUGUGUAGCGGUGAUGAGUUGCUCAGGUAGGGUGUGUGUUGGGUGGGGGCAGGUAAGGGGAGGCAGCCCCUGUGCCGGGGUCCCCCAGGUGUGGAGCUCGGACCUCACGGUACUGAGGUGUGACCUGCACAGGGUGGAGGCUGGCGUUGUGUGCAAGGAACUGGGGUGUGGCCCCGCUCUACAGUGGUCCAGGGUCUACCAACUCCCGGAGGAUCACAGCCGCAAGGCUCUGACCUGCCAGGGGACAGAGUCCACCAUUCUCAAUUGCAAUCUCAACUUGAACUUCCUGGGCCAGUGCCAGCUCUCCACGUAUACAGAUGUUGUGUGCUCCGGGCACACGGAGGUCCGGCUAGUGGGAGGAGAGCACCCCUGUGCUGGACGCCUGGAGGUGCAGCGAGGGCUGACCUGGGGCACUGUCUGUGACGCCGACCUGGACCUGUCCAUGGCCCACGUCAUCUGCAGGGAGCUGCAGUGUGGCUCAGCUGUCUCCACACCCCGGGGUGCACACUUCGGUCCUGGCACCGGGCCUGUGUGGACUGAGGCCUUCCACUGUGUGGGCAACGAAACCCUGCUGUUCCACUGCCCUCGGGGGGCUGGUCGCCUGGAACCCUGUGACCACAGCCAUGAUGCUGGGCUCAGAUGCUCAGGAGAAAGGUUCCGGCUGGCGAAUGGCAGCAGCAGCUGCGCAGGACGCGUGGAGCUCCAGGUACAGGGCGUCUGGGCACCUCUCUGCGCUGCCCACUGGGACUUAGCCGAUGCCAGCGUGCUCUGCCAUCAGCUCAACUGUGGCAACGUGGUGGCCACACACAAAGGCGGCUACUUUGGCGGAGGGAAAAGUCCCAUCUGGCGAGACGUGUUUCACUGUGUGGGAACAGAGCCCCAUCUCUGGAGUUGUCCGGCAAGCACCUUCGGAGCACCCGCCUGCGCCCUGGGAAACGCGGCGACCGCGGUCUGCUCAGGUCUCUCCGACGCCCUGAGGCUGAGGGACGGGCAGAGCCGCUGUGAUGGGCGCCUGGAGAUGUCGCGGGAUGGGCUCUGGGGCCGCGUGCUGGACGGCGCGUGGGACCUACAGGGUGCCCACGUCGCGUGCCGGCAGCUCCAGUGCGGCGCGGCCGAGCGCGCCUACACCAGCUCAGUCACGGGCGGCGGGGCCAGGCCGGUGGCGGUGAGCCGCGUGCGCUGUCUGGGCACGGAGACCCGCCUGACGCAGUGCAACCUGUCUGCGUCCGCGUCUGCCAGGGUGCCCGAGGGGAGCUUCGGCGACGCCGGCGUCGUUUGUGAGGGGAGCAUCCGGGUGCGCCUGGCAGACGGGCCGGGGCGCUGUGCUGGCCGAGUGGAGGUGCUUCGAGACGGCGCCUGGGGCACCGUGUGCGACGACCGCUGGGACCUGCGCGACGCUCACGUGGUCUGCAGGCAGCUGGGCUGCGGCCAAGCCCUGCAGGCCCUGGGCUCUGCCCAUUUUGGGCCUGGGGCCGGGCGCAUCUGGCUGGCUGAGCUGGGCUGCAGGGGCGCGGAGGGGGCGCUGUGGCAGUGCCCGUCCGGAGGCUGGGGCCUGCAGGACUGCGACCACAAGGAGGAUGCUAGCGCCAUCUGCUCAGGCUUCACGGAUCUGCGGCUGCAGAACCGCAGCGGGCCGUGCGCGGGGCGCCUGGAAGUCUUCUACAAUGGAACCUGGGGGGGCAUGUGCCAGACCCUGAGCACGGCCUCUCUGGGGCUCCUGUGCGCGCAGCUGGGCUGCGGGUCCCAUGGGCAGCUCCAGACCAGGACAGGGACUGGGCGCUCCCAGGGGCCCCUGUGGGUGGCCUCUGUGCAGUGUCGGGAACGGCAGGAUGUGUCCUUGUGGCAGUGUCCUUCGGCCCCCUGGGAUGCGCAUUCCUGCUCCGGCAUAGAGGAAGCCUGGAUGAUGUGUGUGGAGGGCAACUGGGUGCGUGUGCGCGGGAGCAAGGAUCACUGCUCAGGCCGAGUGGAACUCUGGUACGCUGGCACCUGGGGCACCGUGUGCGACGACGCUUGGGACUUGGCAGACGCAGAUGUGGUGUGCCGCCAGCUGGGCUGCAGCCGGGCAGUAAGCGCCCCUGGGGGGGCAGCCUUCGGACCUGGUUCUGGGCCAGUGUGGCUGGAUGAGGUUGGCUGCAGGGGCGAUGAGGGGUCCCUGUGGGACUGCCCCUCAGUGCUCUGGGACCAUGGAGACUGCUCUCAUAAGGAGGAUGCAGGAGUAUGGUGCCUGGGUGAGACACAAACCACAGUGCCGGUGCUCCGCUCAGACAGGCAGGACGAGUACAGUGUGCUGAGAUGUCCUCCCUCAGUCCCUCCUGCAGCCCCCCAGGUGGAGACCCUGUCCUGGUCUCUCUGCAUCACCCUGGGCACCCUCCUGGGCGUUGUCUCCCUGGUCCUGGGGAUUCAGUGGUGCCGAAGCCGAGCAGCCUGCAGGGAGGGCUUCUAUGAAGACCUCGGUGCCAUCUCCCUGGAGGAUCAAGACUUGGAACCCAGGAGCUUUGGGGAGUGGGUGCUGGAUGAGGAGUAUGACGACCCCCUGAGCCGCUCGGGUGUGCACCUCUCCGCCCUGGCCGCGCUGGUGCUCUUUCUGCUCUACUGCGCCUACGUGAAGACCCCUGGGCUGGGCAGCGCCUACAUCUGA